CUCCAGAAGCCCUGGCCUGCCAGCACCUGCUCCAGCUCCCAGCCCAGCGUGGCAUCCCUGCUGCCGAUCCACACCAUGCCCUUGAUCCUGAUUCUGCUGGCUGUCUUGGCCCCAGGAGCUGCAGACUUCAACAUCUCAAGCCUCUCUGGUCUGCUGUCCCCGGCGCUAACGGAGAGCCUGCUAGUUGCCUUGCCCCCCUGUCACCUUACAGGAGGCAAUGCCACACUGAUGGUGCGGAGGGCCAAUGACAGCAAAGUGGUCAAGUCCAGCUUCGUGGUGCCUCCGUGCCGAGGGCGCAGGGAGCUGGUGAGUGUGGUGGACAGCGGGGCUGGCUUCACAGUCACUCGGCUCGGUGCCUACCAGGUGACAAACCUCGUGCCAGGAACCAAAUACUACGUUUCCUACCUAGUGAAGAAGGGGACAUCCACUGAGUCCAGCGGAGAGGUCCCAAUGUCCACUCUUCCUCGAAGAAAUAUGGAGUCCAUUGGGCUGGGAAUGGCCCGAACAGGGGGCAUGGUGGUCAUCACAGUGCUGCUCUCUGUUGCCAUGUUUCUACUGGUUCUGGGCCUCAUCAUCGCCCUGGCACUGGGUGCCCGCAAGUGAGGAGGUCUGUCUGGGGCAGUGGGCUCCUCCAGGAAGUCCAGAGCACUGUCCAUUUUUCUCCCCAGCCCACCUCCUCCCAGGCCUCAGUCACUGGCUUUGGCUCCUUUGCUGCCCUCACCUCUCCCUCCCUGCCCCCUCCCCCGAGUACUUUCCUCCCUCUGUCCCUCUCUUUGUCCCAGUGACUCACCUUCCAACACUCCCUAUUAUUCCCCUCACCCCAGUGCUACCAGAGUUGACUUUCUUACCAUUUUACCACUUAACUCCACGCCCCCCAUAACAAUCCACCCCUCCUUCAGUGAAGUAAGUCCCUACAAUAAAGGCUGAGGCCGUAUCUACC